AUGAAGAUGGGAGGAAAACAGAAAAGACAACAAAAGCUACGGAAUGUUCCACAGAUUCCUUGCAUUCGAGUCCCUCACUCUGUCUCUGAUACUUCACUGCUGAAGGACCUAACCCAAGGGCAGCAGCGCUACUUUUACAGCAUCAUGAGGAUUUACAAUCCCAGGGCCCAGUGGGUGGCCCUGCAGACCUGCUAUGUUCAUGGCCUUCAGCAACAGCAGCUGCUUGGUGACUAUAUUACUCAACAGGAGGCCUUGGCUUGUGCUGCCGUACUUAGAGAUUCAACCAAAAGAGCCUCAGCCAAGGCAGGUUGUCAUAGAACCGUCUCCCAGAGAGCCUCAGGUGGGACAAGAACAUGGCCCUCAGCACUGUCUGUGUUUGUGGUUCCACUCAGGGCCCAAAGCAUAGAGCUCCGAUCCCUCAGGACCAAGGCCUUGCACAAGCUCUGAACAGGUGGUUCACCCAUAUACCCCUGGCAUCUAGUGAGUAUUUAGUGCAUAUUUGUUGAAUAAGAAUGAAUAAAAGAAUAACAUCUAAUACAAACACCAUACCUAGAAAUAACCUCUCCAAUUCACAUACAUUUUACCAGCAAGAACAAGUUGAGUGGCUUAAGAGCAAUGGGAGCUAAGAGUCAGCA